AGUUCAGACGCCGUGAAAAUUCGUCGGUAAACAAAAUACGACGAAAUAACGUAACGUUUCAACAUAGUUUCGUAGUUUUCACGACAAAGGUUGGAUUUAUACAAUAUGGCGCCAUUUUGGACGAUCGAAUUUCGUAGGAUGCGAAUUUGUUUCCUCCGUGUUACGUAUAACAUUUCGAAAACAAUAUUUAUUUCUUCUAUGAGUAAGUCAUAACUUUCGGUAUUAAAUAUUUCUCGCUGCAUCACAUAUUCUAUUUGAUAAUUGAACACGAUGUUUCGACACGUCAUUGAAAAUAUGCGUAGAUCUACGCCCAGGCACGUCAGCAGAAGGAAUAAACAUAGCUCAGGAAAAAGUCCAGCAUCACGCGACGAAGUUGCAUACGAGAUCGAGUAUUAUUAUAAACAGGAUAAGAAAUUGCUAAGAGCCGUGAAGCAAAAGACUGAGGACGAGGUGAAGCACUUGCAGCACGAGAUUCAAGUGAUGCGCAACAAAAUCGACGAAUACAAUCGCAAUAUAAACGAGAACCUGAGGUUCCUGAGAAGCCUAGAGAGCAACCAACCGCCCGCCAAAGAUAAAAAAAAUUAACUAAUUAUUCGUAAACGCGCACGCUUUUAGUUUCGCUUAUUUUCUCCGCUCAAGACUUAUUCCUUUUCGA